UAUCAGUUGUAGCCUAGAUCUCUAUAGAUGCUAUCAUAUAUUCUUCUCAGAGAAGGUGAUCCCAUAGUUCUGUUCACUGUUUGAGUGCCCUAUAAAAGUAGUAAAAUGGCAGAAAGAACUGUUGCACUGAUUACUAAAAUAUCUGUGGCUUGGAAGCUAUUGCAAUGUGACGAUGUAUCCACACACACUCAUAGUUUGGGUAGAUAUUUUUCACCUCUCCAGUGAAUAAUACUUCCCAGCUGCUCCAUUUAGAUUAAUUUUUCAACAGCUCAUAUCGAGUCAGAAUUAUCAAGCCAUGCUGCAUGAUGGGGAAUGGCAUGCUGUGAUUAUUUUUUGCAACUUAUUGAGAGUCUGGCAUGUGACAUUGUUAUAGAUAGGGUUGCAUCACUUUGGCAUGUGACAUAAAUUUAUCCAUCUCUUUGAGUCUGAUUGGCAGCAUCUGAGGUGCACUUAGUUCAUAAUUGAAGUGUGAUUGCAUUAUGAGCAUGCGUUAUUGUAGGGUAUGAGGAAUAACGACUGACAAUUAUAAUAAACACUUAUUUUGUGGUCUUCAAGCCAGAUUUAAAGACAGUGGUUAAUAUGGUUAUUAAUAUGUUGGCUCAGUGAUAGCUCAGUGGUUACUUUACUCAGUGAUGUGAAGGUUUGGAGAGUAAAUCGCAGUACUCAGAAGAGCCAUUCUUCUAUCCUGCCUCAUUUCUAAGUUGUUUUGAACCAAAUUGUCUGCCAAAUGAAUAAUUUGAAAAUGUCUCAGUUAGAGGCCAGGAACUAAUUUUGAGAGCAACACUGCUCCUAUACAAACUGGGAAUUUUUAUUAGAAGCUAGCAGGUCUGAGCGAGAAAUAACACGUCAUGAGAUAUUAUCUUGCAUGCUCAUUGGGACUGGUUUGUUUCUAAUCUUGUAAAGUCUGGUUUUCUGAGGACACUUAUUUAGGAGGCACUGUUCUAAAAGUGAAUAAGUUGAAUGAAAACACUUGCAUGUUUUACAUUAUACCAGACCAGCUAGAGGCUGAGCAUGUUAAACAUCUCAAAAGUCCACUUCUCAUUAGCAUUAUCUGUUCCUUUCUUAUAUCUUUAUUUUUGAAUUUUGAGACAUGAACCUUCAUUUAAAAUAUCAACAAGGACCUGCAUAAUUGUCAUAUAUCCUGUGUAAAUGUAUUUUUUCUACAUUCUUGGCUAGUUCCAGUGCCUUAGGAAGUGGUAGCUCAGUAGAUACGGGUUUGCACUGGUGCCCACAAGGUUUUGGGUUCAAAUUCCACUACUUCUAGAGAGUCACUGUUGGGCUGUUUAAUUGAUUUGAGCCUCACUUCUAUGUUACUUUGAAUAAAAGUGCUUAGUGAAUAAGGAACUGUGUUUUUACACAUACUGAUUUCUUAGAUUUAAUACUCGUUAAGCAUGAAUAUGAGACAUUUAAUCAGUGACUAAUAAAGUACUUUAUGUACAACCACAAGCAUAUCCACUCAUCCUGAUCAUCCUGAUUAGGACCCCUCAUCAUAUCUGCACUAAGUAUCAGUAUAACAGCAUAUAAUAGAACAACAUAAUAGCACUACAGUGAGUUUAAGCAGUUAUUUGCUCAUAAUGUGAUAGUACUUACAUUACAGUGUGUCCCUAUUAUAUUACAUUUUAUAGGCCUCAUUUUUUUAACAUUAAGGUCUUUUAGUGCAAUACUGUAUAGCAGAAUAUUUAAACCAUGUUUUGAAUAUAGCAUGUAUUUUUAACAAGUCUUCUUGGAUUCUUGACUCAGAUGAGACUGAUAAUGAGUCAGUGUGUUGUGUAAACAGUGGGGGAAAUUAAGUCAGGUCCCUAAAAUCUCUAUCGUCACAAUGCAACAGAAAGUAUGUGUCACUAUUACGUACUGUCUGACCAGUUGUUGUAAGCUUUAUUUCUUUCAAGUUUUUUAAUGGUAGACAUUUUAUUACAGAAACUUCAGAAGUUUUGCUUUUUAACAGUAGUCUGCUAACAGAGAUGAUGAGUCUUGCAGAAGUUAAAGACAUUGACAUAAAGUCAUUCUCAUAUUGAGUCUUUUUUUUCCCCCUAUGUUUGGAGAAUGGGGGAAUUUUUUUCCACAAUACUCUAUUUUUUAAUUAUGAAUAUCCUUCAGAUUGUCCCAGUGAACAGACUUCAUGUUCCUCUCGCUCUGUAAGCAAGUCAUAGUCAGGAUAAUUAUAUGUAGAUGGUGAUUCUGUUUGUUGUACUGAUUUGUUGUUGUUUUUGGGCUUUCUGUGCAGUAAUCAACAUAAUUUAAAUUAAUUACACAUUAGUUAAUGAACAGUUGUAGGACUACUGCUCACUACUGUUCUAACACCCACUGGAUUAUACCAUUCUGCAAGCACAUGUUGCAUUACCUUCUGGUUUAUAAAGGUUGGCGAGGCUUAUUUGAGUACAUCAUGCAGACAUAGUCUCAUGCAAAUCCCAUUCAUAUCUUUAACUGCCCUGUGUUCAACUGCCUAGACAUCAAAGCCAUUGUACAAAAGGGGAUAAGACAAAGAACAAAGUUAUGUCUUGAAUAGUUAGUGCAGUGAGGGAAAAGAAUGUGGCUGCUGUAGGUGACGCAGGUCUUGACAUGCACGUCAGUGGAUGUGAGAGUGGAAAAUAUGCAGGACCUCAACUGCUUAGCGUAUCACACAUCUUUUCUUUACCAGCAUUAAUGCUAUUUGUACAGGGUGGGUUGUAGCCCAGGACGUAAUUGUACAAGUCAUGAUCUCUUUUCCACUGAAGGAUUAAACAGUUACCAGCUGUCACCAGCUGUGUGCUGUUCUAUGUGAACAGUUACUGUUUCUUUGUCCAUUUGCCAUGCCUUUAAAUCAGGACCAGGCAGCAUCAACAAAAAGGAAAGACACUGUGGGUCAGCUUUGGUGUCCCAUGCAUGCAGUAAAUAUGUGACAGUUGAUGACAUUGCGCCAUGUUCAGCUGACUGACAGGAAUGUUCACCCUCACAGAAGUUGCCUCUCUGAACGACAUCCAGCCAACCUAUCGAAUUCUGAAACCAUGGUGGGAUGUGUUCAUGGAUUAUUUGGGCAUUGUAAUGCUCAUGGUGGCAAUAUUUGCUGGGACGAUGCAGUUAACCAAAGACCAGGUUGUUUGCUUGCCUGUUCUGGAUUCGUGGGAAGAGUCCGUCACCACACAGAAGCCACCAGAAACAGCUUCUGGCCUCGGGACAGGAGGAAACAGAGUGACAUUAGCAGCUGCGCCUUUAGCAAGCAAAGACCAGCCUGACACAGUUGUCCACCAGCUGCAUUUCUCUCAGCCAGCUGCAAUCAUACAUCCUCAGCCAACAGGUGUGAAAACAAACAUGGACUUUCAGCAGUAUGUCUUUGUCAACCAGAUGUGCUACCAUAUUGCCCUCCCCUGGUAUUCCAAAUACUUUCCCUAUCUUGCUCUCAUUCACACAAUUAUUCUCAUGGUCAGCAGCAACUUUUGGUUCAAGUAUCCAAAGACAAGUUCAAAAAUUGAGCAUUUUGUGUCAAUUUUGGGGAAGUGUUUUGAGUCCCCAUGGACCACUAAAGCAUUGUCUGAGACAGCUUGCGAAGACUCAGAGGAGAAUAAGCAAAGAAUGACCGGAGGCCUCCCAUUACCAAAGCAUUUAUCCACCAGCAGUGAGGAGGGGAGUCCAAGCCCAUCCACACCAAUGCUGGGAAAAUCCAGUGUUAAAUUUUCUACUGAAAAGCCUGUAAUUGAAGUUCCAAGCAUGACCAUAUUGGACAAGAAAGAUGGCGAGCAAGCCAAGGCCCUUUUUGAAAAAGUGAGAAAGUUUCGUGUGCACGUUGAGGACAGUGACUUAAUCUACAAACUAUAUGUUGCUCAAACUGUAAUUAAGACAGUCAAGUUCAUUUUGAUCUUGUGUUACACAACAACAUUUGUUGCAUACAUUGAUUUUGAGCAUGAUUGUCAACCUGAUGUUAAGCAUUUAACUGGCUACACCAAAUUCCAGUGUACUCAUAAUAUGGCAUUCAUGUUGAAAAAGCUGCUCAUUAGCUACAUUGCCAUCAUUUGUGUUUAUGGCUUGGUAUGCAUUCACACACUUUUUUGGUUAUUCAGGCGGCCUCUGAAGGAGUACUCAUUUGAGAAGGUGAGAGAGGAGAGCAGCUUUAGUGACAUACCAGAUGUAAAGAAUGACUUUGCAUUCCUCUUGCACAUGGUAGACCAAUAUGACCAGUUAUACUCUAAACGCUUUGGUGUCUUUCUCUCAGAGGUCAGUGAAAACAAACUGCGGGAAAUUAGCUUGAAUCAUGAGUGGACAUUUGAGAAGCUACGGCAGCAUGUGACACGGAAUGUGCAAGAUAAGUUGGAGCUUCAUUUGUUUAUGCUCUCAGGUGUUCCUGAUGCAGUGUUUGACCUCACUGACCUUGAGAUAUUGAAGCUUGAGCUAAUCCCUGAAGCACGGAUAACAGCAAAGAUUUCCCAGAUGAUCAACCUUCAGGAACUGCAUUUAUAUCACUGCCCUGCCAAAGUUGAGCAGACUGCAUUCAGUUUUCUCCGUGAUCACCUACGGUGCCUUCAUGUCAAGUUUACAGAUGUUGCAGAGAUACCCCAAUGGGUUUACUUGUUGAAGAACUUGAGGGAACUCUACUUGGUGGGAAACCUGAACUCUGAAAAUAACAAGAUGAUUGGCUUGGAAUCCCUCAGGGAUCUGAGGCAUCUGAAAGUGCUACAUCUGAAGAGCAACCUUACUAAGGUCCCAACAAACAUAACAGACUUAGCCCCCCAUCUGGUCAAACUCGUGGUACACAAUGAUGGUACUAAGCUCUUGGUAUUGAAUAGUUUGAAAAAGAUGAUGAACCUUGCUGAUCUUGAGCUGCAUAAUUGUGAACUGGAAAGGAUACCACAUGCCAUUUUUAGUUUGAUAAAUCUACAGGAGCUAGACUUGAAAUCCAACAAUAUUCGCACUAUUGAGGAGGUUAUCAGCUUCCAACACCUAAAAAGGCUUACCUGCCUCAAACUUUGGCACAACAAGAUCAUCACCAUUCCACUGUCCAUAGGUCAAGUAAAGAACCUUGAGUCCCUUUAUCUUUCUCACAACAAACUAGAGUCCUUGCCUGCACCUUUGUUUAGUUUACCUAAGCUAAGAUAUUUGGACUUAAGUCACAACUCCAUUGUGGUGAUUCCAAUAGAGGUAGGAUUCCUGCAGAACCUCCAGCACUUUGCCAUCACAGGAAACAAGGUGGAAGUGGUGCCCAAGCACCUGUUCAAAUGCACCAAGCUGCGUACACUGUGCUUGGGCCAAAAUUGUAUUUCUUCCCUGCCAGAGAAAAUUGGCCAGCUGGUGCAGCUGAUCCAUCUAGAGUUAAAGGGAAACUGUCUGGACCGCCUUCCAGCCCAGCUUGGACAGUGCAGACUCUUGCGUCGAAGUGGUCUGAUUGUGGAGGAUCACCUAUUUGACUCUCUGCCGAUAGAGGUCAAAGACAGCAUUAAUCAGGAAAGCAAUGCUACGUAUGCUAAUGGAAUGUAGGAGUUUAGUAGAGAAGGGUCUCUACAUCUCCCUCUGCUGGUCCUCUUUUGACAAAAAUCUGGUAUCCAUGUUGAUUGGGAUUAUACAAAGAGGGCACAAUGUUUUCUUUAUUGCUAAGGUUUGUAAGAAGUUUGUCAACUGGUGAGGAAGGUUUGGCUCAGGACUUGUUGCACCUAAAAGAAAUGCUUUAAAACACUGGAAUUAAACAAAUUAGAGUUGAUUCUGUUGUCUACAAACUAAACAAGAAGACCAGUAGAAAAUAAUUGAUGUACUAACAAAACUUAUUGAUUUGACUGGAAAUGCUUUAAAAACUAUGAAUGACUCUGUUUGCAAUACCUUUAUUUCCCUGAUACAAAGCCAACAGUUUCAUGUUUCAAAUGCAACCCACUCUUUCUGCAGUCUUUUCAUUUGUUUAUGCUGCCAUGUUCGUUAUUUUAACUAAUGGCUUUCCACACAGUACAACCCACACUGUGGUGCAGUUACUGACUGUAUUUAUUCAUUUUUGUAAGAAAUCAGGAAAGGGAUGAAAGAAACAACAAAAAAAGAAAACUCACACAGAUCUUUAUGUAUGGCAACAUGUUAUAAGGAACCAUUAGUGCACCCAAUGCAUGGUCCUUGCUGCUCAUAACACUUCAGCAUAGAAAUUGUUCUAAUAUUUAUUCUGCUACUGUUCUACAUGUUAGUCAGAAGUCUUGUAUAAAAUCAGAGUUUAUGUUAAAAUCUACUGCUAAACAUUGUACUGGUUACUACUGGUUUUUGCCUUAUAAACAGUUUUCGUGCAGUUUUCAGUUACCAGUUAUAUGCUAUAUGCUAUAUGCUACUUUGGCUGCAUUAAACUGCAUGCUGUCAGCUUUUGCGGAACUUCCACCAUAGAAAAUUCAGACUGAGAGUUAAGCUGAAUAGAGCUUUACCAUUUACAUAUUUCCAUUAGAAUCAGAAUUGUUAAUUUCAGUAAAUGUACAAAUUAUACUUGAACUUGACAAAUAAGCAUGACAAAGGUCACCAUGCAACAUCACAUACUCAUAAAAUUAUGACUAUACAAAACAAAGUGUAGGUAAGUACUAAAAUUAAAGCAUCAGAAGGUGACUGGAUGAGUUGAACAGGAAGUAAAAUUGGCAUAACGACAAUGUGCAGGUCACAGCUUGGUAAUAUAUAUUCCCUAAUAUUCUGACAGUGCUCAUUACAGUGAGAAUUUUUAAGCUUAAAUAUUGACUUUAUACUAUUACAACACAUUCUCAAAUCUGAAUUCUCAAAUCUAAUUGCUCAGAAGGUGUUGAUUAACUUUCCAUAAUAGCAGCUUUGACAGUAGUGGCAGCUUGCCAUUAGUAACGGCACAUUCACAGGGAAUUGAGUCUGCUCCACAUAAUCUAAGAACAAUAAUAAAUGGAUAUAACAACUGUGCUGUUAUUUAACAAAGAAAAACAUAAUCAUUGAUAUUGUGAAGCCUUCUGUAAGGAGAUGUUUAACAUUUAUGGAAGGAGUCUCAGGUGUCACCGUGAGAGACAGGAGACUUUGCGCUUUCCAGUUUCUUGGUAACAUGACAAGUUGUGUUUUCUUUGUUUUAUUAACUUAAAGAAAGACAAAAAGGACAGGCUGGUGAGGACCCACUGUGUAUAGCUGCCACAAUGUGAGCGACAACACAUGUUCCAAAACAAGAAAUGUAACUAUAAACAGUUAGCAGCAUGAUAUGUUAUUCUUUAAUAAAUAAACUACUGUGGUAUAAGAGGAAUAAAACACACACAGGACAUACUAUGUCACCGUCA